GAACAUUCUUCCGCAGUGUCACCUAUUGUAUUAGUGGGAGGCAGAUCCCUGUUCAAAUCAUUCAAAUAAACUCCACUAUGGAGUUUAAACACAUCUUGCUGUGCAAAGUAUUUUAAUAAAAUAGACUAUUCACAGCUGAGGCUAUGGUGUGAUUCAUCUGCAUGACUUUUGUAACACUGAGAGAUCUGUUCCUAACAAUACAGUCCAGUGGUGACACCUGGGGGUUACAAAUAGUCUCCUGGAGUACACUAUAUCGAAUAUCUAAUUUCAAAAGUAUUUAUGUAACCAGGAUAGGGCCCUUGAGAGAUACACAACUCAUUUUCUGCGGACCAGUCAGUCUAAAGCAUGAGCGAGCGUUUCGGAGUUCUGGACGGUUUCCCUGCAGCAUGGCAAGAUCCGCUCAUUACACAAAGAAACAGUGACACCCGAUGCUAUAGCUCUCACAAGCUGCAAUGCACAGUAUGCUACAUAAGGCACUAGCUGAAACUCUGUCUGUUCCACUUAGAGUAAAUGGUACCAUUAAUUUAAUUGCAAUAUAUGUGAGUGGAGAUUCUCUUGUGCAAUCUGUGCACUGGAGGAGGAAUCUAAGACUUUCCUUCAAGACUAUUCCCAGUAGUGCGGAGGGAAGUAAUAAUUAAAUCAGGUUCACAGUCUGACGGUUGUCAACCCUGCCCUCUGUUUGCUCAAAGAUGACUGCAGGCAGUAAAGGGUUUCUUGACCUUGAACCACCAGAGAAUGCAAUAAAAUCUUCAAUAAAAUACAAUUAUGAAAAACAGGCAGCGUGCCUUUAAAGAGUAAGCCAGUCCAGCCUGGAACUCCAGACUCCUUAGACACGGAGAGAGACCUCAAGAGAUAGGACUGCACGCUGACUGCUGCUAUUUACAAUGAGAAUGGCUGUGAAGGUGCUUCCCUGCCUGCUCCUGCUCACCCUCUGCUCACAACUGAAAGGAGCGGCGGUGACUGUGGGCAUCUGGAAUCGCGGUGCUCUCGUGGAACAGAAAGGCUGGAUCACGGUGAACCGCUCCGAGGCGGUGACCCUGGACUGCCGCGUGGAGGGGGCUGAGAAAGAGGAGGAGCUGGUGUGGUACCGGGAGAGAAUGAGGGUGAACCUCCCACCCCACAACAAGCUGAACUACAGCAGCAUCUGCAUCAACCCCAUCUCGGACACCGACCAUCUCGUUACCUUCGCCUGCCACCUGAAACGAGAUGAGCUGGUCAACGCCUCUGUGCAGCUCAACGUUCAGUUCCCCCCCUUGCUGGCUGGCUCAGAGGAGGUGAGAGUGGAGAAAGGGAACGAGGUCACCCUGACCUGCGAUGUGUAUUCGAACCCCCGGCCGGCCGUGUCCUGGAGCAAAAACAGCAGCAGCCUGGACAUCGGGCUGCACUGCCAGCUGAUCCAGGACGGGAGAGAGGCUCGGCUCCACAUCACCAAGGCACAGCCCUACCACCAGGGGGAGUACAAGUGCGAGGCCAGCAGCAGCCACGGCAGCUACAGCAAGACCUUCCAGCUUCACGUGGACGGUAAGAGUAGCAGAGUCCCAUUUGAGCCCAUCGUAGCCGCAGUGGUGGUGGCUGUGUUGACACUAGGCAUGGCAUUCAUUUCCAGAAUAAGGAGGAUAGCCAAGUGCUGCAAGAAGGGUGAGCUGCCUCCCACUGGCCAGUAGACUACAGCUGGCUGAAGAUCCUCGUCCCUCAAUAUGAACUGAAUAAACAGCUAUUGUUUAAAGCUGAGGGAACACAAAGCCACUUUGUGGUAUGGAACUUGACUUCAGGAGACUAGGUUUCAGGACACUGCAUGGGAGACUUGGGGUUUGGUACAGCAGCCUCAAACUAGGUCUCCUGGUCUCCUGGAACCAGGUUUCAAGCCGUGUUUCCUCAGCUUUAGCAUCCUGGAUCUGCCACUGACUGCCUUCUGAUCCAAGCUACAAUUCCAGUAGAAACAGCAAUGCAGUGUUUGGUUUGAUUUGAACCACGCCUCCCUUAUUAAACGACAUGCACACUCA